GUGAAAUGUUCCUCCAGCCCGCUGUGUCGACAUGAACAACGAGCAGUUCCGCCGUUUGAUCCUGCAGAACUCGGCGCGAAAAGAUGGAGUCUCCUCCCAACCGUCGGCUAUGCCUGUGUUAGGCGCCCGCAGGAGCAUGCUCAUGACACCGCGGCAGGCUGGAGGCAGCUCUACGAACGCAGAUUUCGCCCGUCAACUCGCUGAGCGCAAUACCAAAGUAAAUCCCGUGAAACGGUUUAAAUCCUCGGCCCCAAAAGGCGUCAAGCUUGCACCCGGAUACACUGACCGCACCAAGCAUCCCGUAGACGACGAGAGUGAUGAGAAAGCGCAGCGCAUUAAGGCCUUGGAGGAGGCUAUGAAGCUGGGUCAAAUAGACCGCACUGUAUUCGAGCAGCUCGUUGGAGAGAUUACAGGCGGUGACAUAAGUUCGACCCAUCUUGUGAAAGGGUUGGACAGGAAACUGCUGGAGCGCGUGAAGAGGGGCGAGAAUGUGUUAAACUCGGCCACUCCCAAGGAUGACUAUGACGUAUCGUUGGAUGCUGAGGACGAAUUCGACCAGUUCGAGCAGCAGGAAGUGGCACCGAUUGUGAGAGAGAAGGCAGAGAAGAAGGGGGAAGCUGCACCUCCACCGCCAGUUGUUGGGCAAAAGCGGACUCGCGAUGCGAUACUGGCAGAAUUGAAGGCGCAAAGGAAGGAUGCAGCUGAGGCGGCUACCGCUGAACACGAGAGGAGAUAUCAGGCCCUGGGUAAGGGGUUCCGCAAGAUUGGGGAUCAUGGCGAAACAUCAUGGCUCGAGACCGACAAGAAUGGCAGGGAGGUUCUUGUUAUCAGAGACGCUGACGGAAAGGAGAAGCGUAAGGUCAAGAAAAGGAAAGUCGAAGAGCAGCCUAUCGAACACGAGAAGCUUGAAAUGUUAGACGGCGAUCAAAAGGCGCUCAACCUACACAACAUACCAGCACCGCCUCCUCCGGCAGAGGCAGAGGAAGAUGAGGACAUAUUCGAAGGCGUAGGCUCGAAUUACAAUCCGCUCGUCGGGCUGGAGGAUGAAGCCGACUCAGAUGAUGAAAAGGCUCAGGCCGAUCCUUUUGAAUCGGCUGAGGAGGGAGCUAAUCAUGAAGAAGGUGGAGAGAAUGAAGAACGGGAAACUCUAGGACAAGCACCCUUAGGAUCCGGCUCUGAGGAACCAGCCAUACCAUUGUCCCGCCGCAAUUAUUUUAAAGCUACCCCCUCCAUCUCAGAAAUUGCCUUUGCACCACCUGCAGAUGCUACUGUUCUCGCCGCGCUCAGAAAAGUCCGCCAAAUGGACACUGACUCUACUCUUUUCCACACCGAGGAGCAAAUCCACCUCAAGAAACGCGCUACCUUGCUCGCGGCGGUUGACCGAGAUAUGGAGGAUCUUGAUAUGGGUUUUGGCGCGAGUCGGGAUGACGACGCAGAGGAGAUGGAGAUGGAAGGUGAGAGGGUCAAAUUUUCCGAGUGGAAGGGGCUUGGGGCUGAGGGCGAGGAUGAGGAAGAUGGGGGCAUUGGCAAAGGGGGGAAGAAGAGGAAGAGAGGCCCAAAGAAGAAGAAGGGUGAUAAAAACAACGCGGUAGACGUGCUGAAGGUCAUGGAGAGGCAGAAGAAGACCAAAACCUUGGGUUGA